AUGCAUAAAUCAUACUUAAAUUAUACAUUUCUAAAGCAAAUUGUGCGUUACCUAAAAGCAAAGGAAAUUACUGAGUCCCAGCAGGAUGACGGUAGAAAGUACAGUGUUAAGCGUUUUUUAACUGGGAAACCGCAGCAGCGCCGAAAGCAACUUCAAAUAAUUAACGGUCCCCGUUACCUGUCGAAAAGGCAUACCACAAUUGCUUUCGAUGAGAAGCGGGAAUUAACCAAAGAGUUGUACAAACAAAGUAAACAGCCGAAAGUCCGCGGCAUCAGGCGAGGUACACGCGCGGAUUUCUUACACAAUGGCAGCUUUCAUGAAGCCGUCGGCCCCUUGCUCGUGAUUGCUCAAUGUUUCUGUCUGAUGCCGGUGCGUGGCAUACUCGCCGCCAGUCCGAAAGGGUUGUCCUUUCGCUGGAAGAGUUUUCGCACCUGGUACUGCAUAUUAUAUACGCUGGUGACCAUUGCUGAUACGGGCCUCACAAUAAACAUGGUCGUAAAAGGUGUGCUGGAUGUGCGAAACAUUGAACCAUUAAUAUUUCAUGCCAAUAUACUGCUGGCUUCAAUUGGUUUCCUGCGUCUGGCUGCGAAAUGGCCGCAGCUGAUGCGUAAAUGGCAGCGGGUGGAGCGGCAUAUGCCGCCUUAUCAGUCGUGGCGUGAACGCGAGGCGCUGGCGGUGCGGGUGCAUAAGGUGACCUUUGUGCUGAUCACAUUGUCGCUGACGGAGCAUCUAUUGAGCACCAUUUCGGCCAUUCACUUCGCCAACUAUUGUCCUUCACGUGUGGAUCCAAUCGAGUCGUAUUUUAUGACCGUUGUUUCGCAAGUUUUUUUCGUUUUCGACUACUCUACUUGGCUGGCUUGGUUCGGAAAGAUAUUGAAUGUGCUCAUGACUUUCGGUUGGAGUUACAUGGAUGUUUUUCUAAUGAUAAUUGGCAUAGGACUCUCAUCUUUGUUCGAACAGGUGCAGCGCAGUUUAGACUGUGUCAAGGGGCAGGUGAUGCCCGAAUCUUAUUGGACGCGUACCCGCUUGCAAUAUCGGCUUAUUUGUGACCUCAUAGAACAAGUUGAUUCCGCUGUAUCGGCCAUAACUGUGCUCUCUUUCGCUAAUAAUCUUUACUUUGUUUGCAUUCAGUUGCUCAAGAGCAUGAACACAAUGCCAUCUGUGGCACAUUUCGUCUAUUUCUAUGCGUCACUAUGUUUUCUAUUAGCCCGCACUUUGGCGGUUUCUUUGUAUUUGUCCGAGGUCAACGAUCGCUCGCGUGAACCUUUGAAAAUAAUCAAAAAGGUACCAAAGGAGGGCUUUCAUCCUGAAGUCGACCGCUUGGCUCAUGAGAUUGGCAUGGAUACGGUAGCCUUGACCGGGUUGCAAUUUUUUAACAUUACUCGUGGCUUGGUAUUGACGGUUGCCGGCACCAUUGUCACCUACGAAUUAGUGCUUAUACAGUUUCAUGAAGAUCAGAACUUAUGGAAUUGUAAUUAA